AUGGACAACGAGGAAGUGGCGGCCUGCCUGGCAGUGGCGUCAUCUGUCGAGUCGGCAGGCAACGUCGAGGUCGAGCACAGCUCACUCUGCCUCCUCUCGUUCAACUGGUUCCUCGCGUGGCACAAGCAUGUGGUGUCGGGCGGCCCCACUCCGCCGCCAAUCAACAACACCCCUCUGCUGGCACCACUGUUGGUCGCCACCUCUUCCAAGCAUCACCUGCUUCCCUCGUCGGCCCUCUCUUCGCCCUCUCGUCCCACAUCAUCGCCGUCGUCAUCUUCAUCGUUGAUCUCUCCCUCCUCGCUCCCAGCCUCGUCGUCGUCGUCAUCGCCUCGCGCCAACGCCAUCUCGGACCUCAAUGGCGUGUUUGUGCCGGAGGCUGUUUGGGAGAGACUUGUUGAGCGCUACGGUGGCGGGCCAAAGUAUCUUCGCAAGCAUCUGUUUGCCGAUGACGUGCUUCCGCUCGAAGCAUCCGGCCAUCUUGUCGCCUUUCACGUCUGUGUCGUCGACUCGCCCGCAUCUGCCCGCCUCGUGACUCUUGUUGUCGACGCUGCGACCACGCUCAGCCACUUUUGCCUCCUGGCCGAGGACCUGUUUGUGGCACAGGGUGAGGUUCCGCUCGCAGCCUGGGUCUUUGACUACCACUCGCACCACGCCGCAGAGCUGUGCCUUGCUGGCGAUGGCCUCUUGCUCGCUGCGGCGCAAGACGACCAGAUCCUCAUUGUUGCUGCGAGUGGGGACGUGACAACGGACCUUGUUCUCGAGCUCAUGUCGUCCAAGCUCGCCAUGGUUGACGCCACUAUUGCCGCCAUCGACGACCUCCGCGCCGCGCCUAACGCUCUCGACGCCAUCGAUGCCCUCGCCGGCCUAUGGACCCGCUCGCAAGACUCACAGGCGCUGCAGUGCUCGCGAAAGCCGAUCAUAUUUGGCCUCCUUCUCGCCGCUGCAAACAAGGUCUGGCGGCCGUCGCUUGAAGACGCCCUCGACGAGCCGACCGUUCUUCGCGCCCUCGGUCACCUACUCGGCCUACUCACUCUCAAUGACUUUGCGGUCGAAUUUGACGCCGCCGUCAUGCCGCCGCACCUCCGCCGGUUCGACGACCACCUCGGCUCGUCGAAUCCGAUUAUCCGCGAUCUGACCCUGCUUUUCAUCGAGCUCGUCGUCCUUCGCUGCCCGUCGCUCGCCUCAUUCCCGGCUGUCCUCCCGCGUGCUGUCCGCGACGUCCUCAUCACCUACUUUUCCGGCCGUCUCCGCGCACUCCGUGCGCUCCGUGCUGGUGACGUUGGUGGCCAGCAGGCCGAUGUCCGCUCCUCGCGACGCAAGGAACUGUUUGUCACCCAGGGCCACGGCUUUGACCCAGCGACGCUUGCCCACGUGGCUGGCUCGCCCGCACUCGCCGCGCUCCUCGCCGCGCCCACGGCCCCGACCGCUGAGCGCAUCCUCUCGGCGCUCCUCGCGCAGCUCGAGAGUGGUGCGCCGCCGGUCCUUCGUCCGCACGCACUCCCGCAUCAGGGCCAAGACCAUCCGUCGUUCCCGGAGCUUGCCGGCGUCGAGUCGCGGCGCGGCAAGCUGCUCGCACGACUGGCGGAGGUCAACGCGCGGCUGACUCGCCAUUCGGACGCGGCAUCCAGGCUCGAGGCUCAGAUCGCGGCAGACUCGGCGCCGCGAAGGCAGCUUGCUCGCAAGCUCAAGGCUGCAUCAGCCAAGCGCGAGGCUGCCGCCGCCGAGGCUGCUGAAAUGCGUGCCGAGCUCGAGUCGGUCGAGUGGCAGCGCGAGGUCAUUGCCCUCAUUGCCCUCGUCGACACCCUUGUCUCGGCCUCGUCGGCUGUCGUCGACUCGGUCGGCGAGGCCUCGCUCGAGGUCCUCGGCGAGUAUACGCAGUGGGCCGGUGAGCUCGAGGGACUUGUCCGCGACGUCGUCUCGGCCACUACCUACGUCGGCAUGGUCGGCCUCAUGAAGGCUGGCAAGUCGUCAACCAUCUCAGGUCUCGUCGGCCUCGAUGUCUGCCCUUCGCGAUCGACGGCCAUGACCGUCAUUCCGACGCUCAUCACACAUGUUGAGGGCAAGAAGCUCCCCACGCUCGUCAUUCCCGAGUCGACCUGUCUCGUCCUCAACACAACCGUCGUCACCCUCGCCGCCCACUUUUCCGCAACCUACGAGGACGAGACGACCUCGUUUUUCGGCAACAGGGUUGUCGACGACAUUGUCCACAUGGUUGUCAAUGGGCAGCUUCACUUUACGCCCACGCCUGUUGUCGGCCUCGACGCUAUCCACACCACUCUUGUUGCCCUCAACGACGUAAUUCGACUCUGCGAGUACGUUCACAUCGAUGGUGCCAACCCGCUGCUUCACAUCACCGAGCUCCGGGAUCUCCCGCAAGUCGAGCUCGAGUUUGCAGUCAUGGCCGAGACCGGCAUGUUUGGCCGCCUCUCGUUCAUCGACUCGCCCGGGCCCAACGAGGAGGGCAUGGACAUUCUCUCCGACGUCGUCAAGCGCAUUCUCAAGCAGGCCUCCAUCGUCGCCGUUGUCCUCAACUACGCCGCCCUCAACUCGGAGGAGCAAGUUGCCAUCAACGCCACCAUUGCCGAGGCCACCGCCGACGUCGACCAGGAGGCCUACGUCUUUGUCAACAAGUUUGACCAACGGAACACUGCAUCCGGUGACAUGGACGAGGCCCAAGUCCGCGACUUUAUCAUGGCCAACCUCGCCGACGUCCGCUCAGGGAUCUCGCUCCGGCCCGAGAACAUUUUCCCGGUCUCUGCCAAGUUUGCGCAGUACGCCAACACUGCCCGCCAUCACAUUCUCACACAGGCCCAGCCCGAGUCGGCAUCACCGCCGCCGCUUUCGGGGUCAACAUGCUCGUCGUCAGCUUCGGCGGCGGCCAACGGUGCAUCGUCGGAUCGUGCCAGCCGCUCCGGUGAUGGUCAAGGCGGCAGCGGCGGCGAUGGAGAUGGCGACGGCUCCGACUCGGACUCGAUCGACAUCUCAGACCUCGACUCGAGCUCAGACUCCGAGUCGGUGGGCGGACCGCCGAGCGGUGGUGGAAGCCACGGCUCGGACGCCGCCGACGGCGAGCAGGCCGGCGCGUCGGACAACGUCUCGUGGCUCGAGCGUGAGUUCAAUCUCGACAACCACAUCUCGGUGCCUGACCCAGACGUCUACCCGUGGGUCGAGGACUUUGCACGCAUUGCGUGGGGUGAGACAUGGGCCGACGACGAGGUCUAUCCGCGCAUGCUCGCCAACAACGAUGUGCGGACGUUCAUGCAAGGUAUCGACGCUGUGUGGCGCAACUCGCACCUCAACGAGCCGCUUGACUCGAUGCUGCGCCACUGCUACACCAACGCCGGCGUCAUCUCGCUGCGGACUUCGCUCAUGCGUGCGUCUGCAAUCGCUUCCAAGCUCGAGCGCGACGUCACCAUGCACCUCGCCGCCGUCGCCUCGUCGGUCGUCUCGCUUGAGAAGUUCCUCGAGGUCUCAGCCUCGGCUCACGAAGACAUUCUCUCGGCCAUCCGCGACAUCAAGGACCACGCCGCGACCCGUGCGCUGGAGCACCUCCCGGCCAUCAUCCAGCAAGUGCUCGACGACGCCCGGACCCGGGUCAAGGAAAUGACCUCGCCUGGAGGCCUUCGCGAGCUGCUGGACACGUAUGGGCCAGAGCUAACGAACGCCAAGGCCGGGCUGACCUCGCCGUCGCCACCAAACUCGCCGCCGGUCUCGCCGUCGGCGUCUGUGGCCGCUGCCGAGUCGGCGUUUCCGUCGAUGGCCUCUCUCGAGGCUGUGCUCCUCGCCAACGAACCGGUGCCGUUUGAGGGUCAGGCCCAAGCCGAUGGCAUCAUUGCCAAGCUCACGGCGCUGUUUGAAAAGGCGGCAGCGUCGCUGCAAACCUUCCUCAUUGGCCACAUAGUCGAGGCCGUCCAGGGUGUGAACGAGAACAUGGGCCGAAUGGUGCAGGACCGGCUUCAGCCGCAUCUGGCUCAGUACCAGCGUGACCUCGACGAGAUUCUAGGAACCUCAAUCGAGUUUCCGCACAUCGAAGCGCCUGAUCUCAACGUGUUUGGCUCGCUCAUCAAGAGCGACACGCUGCGGCUGGUCGAGCAGCAGACAACAACCAAGUGGGCGCUGUUCUGGCUCUUCAAAUUUAUUCCGAUUCCGCGGGUCGAGCGGUCCAAGACAUGCACAUACGCAGUGGACCCUGCGCUCAUCAAGUCGGCCUUUUCCGAAGGCCUCGCGCAGGUCUUCGAGUCGACGCUCCAGGCCUCGUCGUCGCUCUCGUCGCAGAUGGUCUCGACGGCGGUGAACAACUACACCGGCAAGGUUGAGCGCGAGCUCAACAAGCUCAUUGCCCGCAUCCGGCUCUCGAUCGAGAACAAGCGGUCGCGGCAUGACCAGUCGGUUCUCAUGCAGGUCGAGUGCGAGGAGCUGCUGUGGCGGACGCAAGAGUUCCGGCGGCGGGCCGGGUCUGUGCUGGCAGCCAUGGCGUCGCGGCUUGAUGACGAAAGCGCGCCUCCCGGAGGCCGCUCGCUCAGCAGCCUCCCGCGGACUUCAGUCCUCUUUCCGCGGUCGUUCGAGUACUCGGACGUGGUCAUCGACGCGCCGCUCCUCCCCCUCACCUCGCUUCUUGCGGUCAGCGGCGCCGACGACGGCUCGCCGGCGUCGACACGGUUCUCGAGUGCAACAUGUGCGUCCGAGUCGUCGGUUGUUAUCCGCAACGGAGUGUUUUCGGCGUCGCCGAUGCACCUGCAAUUCUACCUCAAGCCAGAGCUGGUUGACAUGUCGGGCCCGGACCUCGCGCGCUCGGCGUGGGGCCCGAUUGUGUCGGGCGAGUACCGUGGCGUCCCGGUGGCCUCGCGCAAGAUUGCGCUCUGCACCGAGCGAGCGCUGCGUCUCCUGCUGGUCAAGCUCGAGGCCGUGUGGGCGCUCUCGCACGCCGCCAUUGUCCCGCUUAUGGGCGUGACGCUCGUCAAGGGCGGCAUUGCGCUCGUGAGCCGCAAGAUUGAAGGCGCAAGCCUCGGCAAGCUCCUCGACCGAGCGGACCUGCAGCCUGCGCCGGCCAUUGCCGACCUGCCGCUGACGACCAAGCUCGCCAUGGCGCGCCGGCUCGUCCAGGCGCUCGAUCAUGCCCACCAGCACAACGUCCGCUGCGAGUUCCUCGAUGCACACUCGGUCCUUGUUCCGAGCAGCGAUCCGGCAAGCGUGCAGCUCCUCAUCGAUGGUGGAGUGUCGGUGACCCGGUUCUCGGAUGCGUACCAGGCGGCGACGCCGCCGCUUGCGGCAAUCGAGCGCAAGGCCAAGCAGCUCCCGCUGCGGUCGGAGCGCGAGGUUCUCCGCGCCCUCUACCUCGCACCGGAGCUCCUGGACAAGUGGGUCAACGACGGGCUUGAGGAGGAGGAGCUGCGGUACACCAACGAGAGCGAUGUCUACGCCAUGGGCAUGAUCCUGUACCAGCUCUUUUCCGGCCUCGGCUUCCACUCGGCGUAUGCCUCUGCACAGCGCCUGGUGUGGGGCCCCGCGUGGGCGGUCGAUCUCGGCAAGAUCGGCCACCCCGAGGUGGCAAGCAUGAUUGCCACCUGCCUUGCCCCGUCGCCGGCCGACCGGCCGACUGCCGUUGAUCUGGACACUGUUGUCCGGACCAUGGUUAUCCGAUGA